AUGAUGCAAAAUAUUUGCAAAGAUGCUAAACUAGAUUUCAAAGAACUCGAUUCUUAUAAACCUAAUUCUCAUAUAGUGUUAAAUGAUUCAACUUCGAAUUAUAUUAAUAAAAGAUUUUCCAAAGCAUUUGAUUUACUUUUCAACAAAUUUAAUGAAGCCAAAGUUGAUGAGUCUGAAACUAAAUCUGAUAACAUGUUCAAAGCUAAAGAUGAUGAAUCUAAAGCUGAACCCAACAAUAAUGCUAAUUCUGUGUAA